AUGCCUCUGAGCAAGAAUAGGCUCAUUUUACUACUUGGAAUGCUCUGUUUGGAAGGAGGUAAAUCUGGAACGCUUUCUCUCCCCAAAGCUCCCACUUGUGGGCAGAGUUUGGUGAAGGCACAGCCUUGGAAUUUCCUUAACAUUUUCAGUCGCAUUGUUGGAGGAAGCCAAGUGGAAAAGGGUUCCUACCCCUGGCAGGUGUCUCUGAAGCGAAGACAGAAGCACAUCUGUGGUGGAACCAUCAUCUCUGCACAGUGGGUGAUAACGGCGGCUCACUGUGUUGCAAACAGAAAUAUUUUGAAUGUGACUGCUGGAGAGUAUGACUUGAGCCAUAUAGAGCCAGGGGAGCAAACUCUCACCGUUGAAACCAUCAUUAUACACCCCUAUUUCUCCAUCAAGAAGCCAAUGGACUAUGAUAUUGCUCUUUUGAAGAUGGAUGGCGCCUUCCAUUUUGGACAGUCUGUGGGCCCAAUGUGUCUUCCGGAGCCCAAGGAACGAUUUGAGGCUGGAUUGCUUUGUACAACCGCAGGCUGGGGCCGAUCAGCGGAAGAUGGCGUGCUCUCACAAGUACUGCAGGAUGUGAGCCUGCCCAUCCUGACCCAGGAAGAGUGUGAGACAGCUUUGUUAACCCUAAAGAAACCUGUCAGCGGGCAGACGUUUCUCUGCACAGGCGUCCCAGAUGGAGGGAAGGAUGCAUGUCAGGGAGACUCAGGAGGCUCCCUCAUGUGCCGGAAUCAGAAGGGGGCUUGGACUCUGGCUGGUGUGACUUCUUGGGGUUUGGGCUGUGGCCGAGGCUGGAGAAACAACACGCAGAAGGAGAACCAAGGGUCCCCUGGGAUCUUCACAGAUCUUAGAAAAGUGCUUCCCUGGAUCCACAAACACCUCCAAAUUGGGAAGCAGAAGAGCUCCAGAGGGAACUCUCCCUCAGUGUCACACUGCCAAGUCUGCAAUGAAUCCACUCUGUGACUUGGGAAGCUACUUCCUACCUCUGAACCUCAGUUUCCUUGUCCAUAAAGAAAAGUCAGUGGAUGCUUGGGUGGCUCUCAGUUGGUUAAGUGAC